AUGACGACUGUCCGUAUCUGCGUCUGUGGUGACGAGUCCACGGGCAAGUCCAGCCUCAUCGCCUCCCUUGUUAAAGACCAGUUCAUCACCACAAAAAUCCAACCCGUCCUCCCGCAAAUCACCAUCCCUCCGAGCAUCGGUACCCCCGAGAACGUCACGACCGUCAUAGUCGAUACGUCUGCGCGUCCCCAAGACCGAACCACCCUGCGCAAGGAGAUUCGAAAAUGCAAUGUUAUCCUCCUCGUAUACGCCGACCACUACAGUUACGAGCGGGUCGCUCUCUUCUGGAUGCCUUACUUCCGCUCCCUCGGCGUCAACGUGCCUGUCGUCCUCUGCGCCAACAAGUCCGACCUCUCCGGACAUACCAACACGACCCAGGUUGUCGAGGAUGAGAUGCUACCCGUCAUGGCUGAGUUUAGGGAGAUUGACUCAUGCAUCCGCACCAGCUCCCGCGAGCACCGCAAUGUCAACGAGGUCUUCUUCCUCUGCCAAAAGGCCGUCACUCAUCCCAUUGCACCGCUCUAUGACUACAAGGAGGGUGUCCUCAAACCUUCGUGCGUCUCGGCCCUCCGCCGCAUAUUCUAUCUCUGCGACAAGGACCAGGACGGCUACCUCAAUGAUCCCGAGAUGCGUGACUUCCAGGCCAGGUGCUUCGACAAGCCUUUGACCGACGACGACCUCGAGAACAUCAAGGCGUCCAUUUCCAAGGCCCUUCCUAACCUGCAGCUCGAACGUGGCAUCGACCAGGACGGUUUCCUACAACUCAACAAGAUAUACGCCGAAAAGGGUCGUCAUGAGACCAUCUGGAUCAUCCUGCGCAAGUACCACUACACCAACAGUUUGAGCCUGGACGACAAGUUCCUCCAUCCCAAAUUUGACGUCCCCGAGUACUCGUCUGCCGAGCUGAGCCCUUCGGGCUACCGCUUCUUCGUCGACCUAUUCCUCCUCUUCGACAAGGACAAUGAUGGGGGUCUCAACGACGACGAGCUCGCUGCGCUGUUCUCACCCACACCUGGCAUGCCUGCCUCGUGGGUUGACUCGUGCUUCCCUUCGUCGACCGUGCGCAACGACGCCGGGCAUGUCACACUGCAGGGAUGGCUUGCCCAGUGGAGCAUGACGACCUUCCUCGAACCCAACACGACGAUUGAGUACUUGGCGUACCUCGGCUUCGAGCCUCCCAACCCUCGAGACCCCAUUACAGCCGCACUCAAGAUCACCAAGUCGCGUAAGCGGAGACGUCGCCCCGGACGGGUCGAGAGGAACGUGGUCAUGGGGUACUUGGUGGGUGCACCCGCCUCUGGCAAGUCAGCGCUCCUGGACGCCUUCCUCAAUCGGCCCUUUGAGAAUCUACACAGGCCGACCAUACAGCCACGUCGCGCCGUCAACAGCGUGGAGCUCCCGGGAGGUAAGCAGGUGUACCUGAUCCUGGAGGAGCUCGGUGAGCUGGAACCGGCUAUCCUGGAGAACACAGCCAAGUUGGACGCUUGCGACCUGCUCUGCUACGCCUACGAUUCGUCCGACCCGGACUCCUUCUCACAUAUUGUCAAUAUACGUGCCAAGCACCCCUACCUUGACGAGCUACCGUCAGUCUACACGGCGCUCAAGGCCGACCGUGACAAGACGACGCAGCGCAGUGAGCUCCAGCCUGAUGAGUACACGUCGUCGCUCAAGAUGAGCACCCCGCUCCAUGUUAGUGUCACAUGGAACAGCAUCAGUGAGCUCUUUGUCGCCCUGGCCGAUGCCGCCACCAACCCCAGCACCGCAUUUCCCAGGUCCGACGAGGAUACAACCGACCGCACAAGCCUCUACAUGGCUCUCGGCGCAACAGGGUGCGCCGCCGUCGCCGCACUCAUGAUAUGGCGGCGGUCAACAAAUGCCGCUUAA